ACGAGUGACGACAACACUAUGGCGGACAAGAUGAAUUUGCUUGCGUGGAUCCUUUUGACAUGCCACAUUUCCUUGGUGUUUUCCAACGAAUUAGCCAGAGGAUGGGGAGACCACAUAGCCUGGGUGAAACUGGAUGAUGGUCUGGUUCAAGCAAAGAAAGAAAACAAGCCUGUUAUGCUGAUCAUUCACAAAUCCUGGUGCGGAGCUUGCAAAUCCUUAAAACCAAAAUUUGAAGAAUCAUCAGCUAUAAAGGAAAUCAGUAAAGACUUCGUCAUGGUCAAUUCUCAGGAUGAUGAAGAACCAGGAGACUCCAAAUUUACACCCGAUGGCGGAUACAUUCCACGCAUAUUUUUUUUAGAUACUGAGGGGAACGUUUUAAAUGACCAUUAUAAUAAGGAUGGUAAUAGCCAAUAUAAGUAUUACUACUACAGUGCUGACCACAUCGUUAAGAGUAUGAAGGGAGUAUUGGACUCAUUAAGAGGUGGUGAUACAGCUAACAAUGAGGAGUUAUGACGAGAUACACAACGUUAGAGAUUUACAAUAUCCAGGACGAAUGAAUGGUGUGAAAAAGUCUACUGACAGUGCAACAGUGUCUUAUUCAGAUUCUAAAACGUCAUGUAUACAUAUAUUUAGGUUUUGAUAUAUGUAUAUUACAUUUAAAAUUGUAAUAAUUUGAAUUUAAAAUUUUUAUCUUUCAAGAAGUGCGAGUUGAACUCCAUGGAAUUUAUCACUUGAAAAUUUGAAAUAUACAAGCAGAAUCAGGUUCUUCUUAAUUUUCAACAUAAUGAACCGCACAUUUAUUUUUCUUAAACUUUACAGGUAUAUGAUAUAAAAAUUAUGCCAUCUUUGUAUUGAUUCAAGUGCUAAUUCAGGAUUUGGCUUAGGAUGUAAGGUGACUGCUAUGCUUUAAAUGCCUAAGAAAAAUGCCAUUUGAUUUUAGAUGCAUUUACAAUAUGUUAUAUUUUUGCAAUCAUUAUUAGAAGUAUUUAUUAGCAUUCAUGGUGUCUGAAGUUUUUUUGUUUCGCAUGUUACUUUAUUUUCUAUUAGAUUUACUCUUUAAGUAAUGCAAUGUCCCAAACGUCACAACAACAAUACAUUCACAAGAGGUCACAACAACAAUACAUUCACCAGAGGUCACAACAACAAUACAUUCACAAGAGGUCACAACAGCAGUACAUUCACCAGAGGUCACAACAACAAUACAUUCACCAGAGGUCACAACAACAAUACAUUCACCAGAGGUCACAACAACAGUACAUUCACCAGAGGUCACAACAACAAUACAUUCACCAGAGGUCACAACAACAAUACAUUCACCAGAGGUCACAACAACAAUACAUUCACCAGAGGUCACUGGUUUAAUGACUAUAUAUAUAUAUUGUAAUAAUUUUGUCCCAAAGGUCCUAUUUAUCAAGUAAGUACAUGCAAUCCAGUUACACUGCCACCACUUGAUCAACAAAGUAUUGUAAAUGUUUUUGGUAAAUUUGGGUAAAUCAGACAUGUUUCAUACAGGUCAUGCCUAGUGUUGUAAUUGAGACUACUACUUACGAUUACUGUAAACAUGUGUCUCUUGGAAAAGGGCUGAACUAUGUAUCAUUAGAGAUGACCUGUUUAUUUAUGAAAGUCUUUUUAGAAGUCUUGUAUUGAUAUAAAUCUGUGUGGUAAUUCUAUGUUAAAUAAUGUUUUCACCUGAUUUUGUCCAGUCUGUAUGAUAUAAUCUGUCUCACAACGGAUAUUGAUUAACAUAAUGUAUAGAUCCAAAUAGCCUUGUACAAAACAUCCAGUUAUAAACAUUUACUUUUUCAAUGGACAUGGACAUCAUACAUGUUCAAAACACAUUUUCAAAUUAAUUAUGUAAAAGUAUUUACAUAGAACUAAAAAAAAUUGGUCAAAACGGUGAUAGGUUUACUUAUCCACAAGUUCGUUAUGUAAAAUUCUGAACUGUUGUUAACAGCUGAUGAUGUACUCAAUCUGUACAAGGAUUCAGGUGAGACUAGCAUAUAUUCAGGAAGCAUUUAAUGGAACAACGAAUGUACAUUGUGUAUCUUCUGCAUUAUUUAAAGUUACAUCAUUCCGCAACAAGAACAAAUUGUUUUGUCCUAUGUAUUUCGUUGAAUUAUCUCCCCUGUUUAUGAAGUGACUGAAUGAUGAAAGGUGUUGUAGAAUGUUUGUCUUUGCUUUAAAUGUCUUUCAUUUUGGAUCUUGAACUUCAAUAAAAACAAAAAAAAAUUA